UUGGUGUCGGCGACCCAAACCCGCCAACCCGCCAACAUGUGUCAUGGGGCUGUGUCGGUGAGUUAGUCGGCGGCAAGAAAUCAGUACAACUUUUUUAGUUAGUGAUUGCAGUGUGUACGAACGUGACGUGUUGUUUUUCUCGAAUAUUGCAGCCUACAAUAAACAUGGAUACUGAUGCUGAUCUAAUAAUAGCAGCAUGUGGAAUAAUUUUAGCUGGGUCCCUGAAGAGAAAACGACAGUGUUGGGUUAGACCAAGCUUAAUGAGUCGCAGUCGUUACAGUAACAGUGAUAGAAUAAAAGAUUUAAGAACAGACGAUUUGAUUGUAAAAAGACCCUUACAUUUUAAGACAUUUAUGUCGUUAACGUUUACCGACUUUGAAUAUUUACUAAGCAUUGUUGGACCCACAAUAGUUAAAAAAAAUACAAAUUACAGAAGUGCAAUUUCACCAACGGACAGAUUAUCAUUAACAUUAAAAUACCUGACUACGGGAGAUUCAUUCAACAGUCUUUGUGACACCUUUAAAGUAUCUCCUCAACUUAUUUCCUACAUUAUUCCAGAAGUGUGCCAAGCUAUCGUAGAUGGACUUUCGGAUUAUGUGAAGAUUCCACGAACAUCAAACGAAUGGACAAAAGUUGCAGAUGGAUAUCUGAGUAGAUGGAAUGUACCUAAUUGUGUUGGAUCUAUGGAUGGAAAGCACAUUAGAAUUGAAUGUCCAGCACGAAGUGGAAGCGAUUAUUUUAAUUAUAAAAUGUAUUUCAGUAUUGUACUGUUUGCAUUAGUGGAUGCAGAUUAUAAGUUUUUAUACGCUAAUGUGGGGUGCCAGGGUCGCAUUUCCGAUGGUGGUGUAUUUGCUAACUCUUCAUUAUGCAGAAUGUUAUAUAAUAAUGAUUUAAAUUUGCCAGAUAAAAAACCUCUACCUGGAAGAAUUAUGCCAGUACCCUAUUUUUUUUUGGGCGACGAUGCGUUUCCUUUACAAACCAAUAUUUUAAAACCUUAUGAUGGUAAUCAUGCGAAAGGGUCUCCCAAGAGAGUGUACAACUAUCGCAUGUGUCGAGGUCGAAGAGUAGUUGAAAACGUAUUUGGACAGUUAACAAAACAAUUUAAGAUAUUUAACAAACCCAUCCAGCUAAAUCCACAAAAAGUUACUAUUGUAACAUUGGCAUGUAUUCAUUUGUUCAAUUAUGUAAAACGACAUGGUAUAAUACAACAAAAUGAAUAUGAUACUGAAAAUAGUAGGGGAGAAAUCAAUCCAGGAGAUUGGCGCAGGGAACCACGUGAAAAUAAUUUGUUUGCUGACUUGCCUAGACAAGACAAUACACAUUCCCUUGAGGUUACAAGGACACAAUCUCCUGAGGUUAUAAGGACAGAAUUGGUUCAAUAUUUUCUUUCCGAUGUCGGGAGAUUACCAUGGCAGAAUGAUCAAUGACUAACUCGUAAGUUUUAAUGAAACUCAUACUUGUAUUAGUACUUUUAUUUUUAUUAUAAUUUGUAUUAAAAACUUCGUAAAUCACUUGUUUUUGUUCAUUUAUAAGUGGUUUUAUUUACCGAGUUAUUCUAUAAAUCCCCACCGUGAAAUCCCCACUGAUGUUUUUAUGCAUUUUGAGUAUACUAUGACGAUUCUAUGAUAACAACAUUAAGACGAAAUACUUGUGCCUACAUAACGUUAUCUCGCAUCAGGUGAUAGGGUUAUUCUCAGAGUGCAUACGGUGGGGAUUUGUGGAAUAAACCUAUUUAUCUGACUCAAUAGAUGAUAAUAUGUUCUCAAUAUCACCACUCUCUUGAAGCGACACACGUAACGAAGGUUCAAUUGAAGAUGUUGAAGGUUCACCAAGAGGCGGUGAAACAGGGUUUGUUACGGCAGAGUUGGAUGAUGAGUAGUAGGAAUUUACAUCACAUUGAUCCAUUGUAUAAUAUCCUGGAUGACUAUGGGAAGUAGAAGGUCUUGGCGAAGCUUCGAACAUGUCUGAACGAUAUCCAGUUUCGGUUUCAAAAAAUAUAUUGUUAAUCCGAUGUUUUAUUAUUGCCUUUGUUGUUUUAUCAAAUUUUCUAAGUUGUGUCGCAAUAUAUUCGCCAAACAAAUCGUCCUCA